CAUAACAGGAUUUCAAUGACAUUUGCUAGGAGAAUGCCUUCAAUCAAUGACACCCAGUUCCAUCCUCCCUCCUUUCUCCUACUGGGAAUACCAGGCCUGGAAGCUGUGCAUAUCUGGAUUUCUUUGCCAGUCUGUAUUGUGUACCUGGUCACCCUUGUGGGGAACAUCACCAUCCUCUUUGUGAUCAAGACAGAACACAGUCUCCACCAGCCCAUGUUCUACUUUCUGGCCAUGUUGUCUAUGAUUGAUCUGGGUCUGUCCACAUCCACGAUACCCAAAAUGCUGGGGAUCCUCUGGUUCAAUCUCCAGGAGAUCAGCUUUGGGGGAUGCCUUACUCAGAUGUUCUUUAUCCACAUGUUUACAGGCAUGGAGACUGUUCUACUGGUGGCCAUGGCCUAUGACCGCUUUGUUGCCAUCUGCAAACCUCUCCAGUACACCAUGAUCCUCACCAAUAAAGCCAUCACCAUUCUAGGCUCCGUUGUUGUUGGAAGGAAUUUAGUUCUUGUGACCCCAUUUGUGUUUCUCAUCCUGAGGCUGCCCUUCUGUGGGCAUCACAUCAUCCCUCACACUUACUGUGAGCACAUGGGUCUUGCCCGAUUGGCCUGUGCUCCCAUCAAGGUCAACAUCAUCUAUGGGCUCAUGGUGAUUUCUAAUAUUAUUGUGGAUGUGAUCCUGAUUGCCUCUUCCUAUGUGCUCAUCCUCCGAGCCGUUUUUCGCCUUCCCUCUCAGGAUGCCCGACUAAAGGCUCUCAAUACCUGUGGUUCCCAUGUUUGUGUCAUGCUGUGCUUCUACACACCAGCAUUUUUUUCUUUUAUGACCCAUCGUUUUGGUCAGAACAUUCCCUGCUAUAUCCACAUUCUUUUGGCUAAUCUAUAUGUUGUUGUCCCACCUGCUCUUAACCCAGUCAUCUAUGGAGUCAGGACCAGGCAGAUCCGGGGACAGGUUGUAAAGACAUUUGCACAGAAAAAAUAGUUCUAAAGAGUGAAAACAUAUAUGCAUACCCUACCCAAAAUAAAUAAUCUGAGCUGUCUUUUACAUCUUCUCUAACACAGGGUAGUGCUGGCCAAACUUUUCAUUUUGAUUGGCAGUAGUUUAGGGUUGGCAGACAAAGGAAAGCUAUUUUACUCCUUCUGUGUGUAACUGGGCAAAGGACAGAGAGUAAUGGAGAAAACCGAUGUCGUGAGAGCAGUGGUUUUGAAGUAGAACAACAGAUGGAGAAGAGUGCAAUGUCUUCAUUUCUUCAUAUGUCUUCUCUUAUACGUAAGAUUAAAACUUGAAGGAACUCUCAACUAAUAAACUAAUUUUUAUGCAUAAAAUAAGCUUAUCCAUCAGUUUGUGACAAUGUCUGAAUUAGAACAUCUCCUGAUCCACACCUUUACAUUAUUUAUAGUAUUCCUCAAAUUUCUUCCCCCUUCUUUAGAAUAAUUGACGCAUUUAUAUUUUUAUAUUCUCUAGUCGUGUUCUCAUUGCCAUUCUUGCUCUCUUUCCUCUUUUUUCUUUCCCUUCAAUCUCUGUCCCUUUCCUUUAUUCACUCUUUUUCCAAUAAACUAGUUUUUGUGAAUUGAGGAAUAUGAGAGACUAAGGUA